AGGGGGGCUGAGGGCGGCGCUGGGUCGGGUUUCAGCAGGAGCCUCCGCGCCGAGCCAGCGCCGACCCGCCGCCCGCCGCCGAGCACCGCGCGGGGCGGCCGCGGCACCGGGACCUCCGCGGCGCCGGGAGGCCGCGACACCGCGGCGGCCGCGGCACCGGAGGCCACCGGGGGCCACCGGGGGCCGCCGCAGCGCCGGGGCACCGGGCGCGCCCAGGGGCGCCGGAACGGCCGCGGCGCCGGAGCGCCGGGAUCGCGGAGCAGCGGGUGGCGGAGCGGCUGCGGGCGGCUGCGGGGCGCCUCGGCGGGGCCGGACCCUGCGGGCUGGGAGCGCCGCCGGCGCGGGACGCGCGGGAUUAAAGAACACGCUGCAAAGGAGCCUGAGCCACCCCCUGUUCUGCAGGUCGCCGGCAAUGGAGCAGAUGAAGGGAUCAGCCGUGCUUCUGCUGGAGCUGCUAAUUCUCGGGGGCCUGAGGGCAGGGAAGGGCUCCGCUGUCCUGGGCACCUUGGAUCUACAAAUAGACGAGGAGCAGCCAGCCGGCACCAUCAUUGGGGACAUCAGCGCUGGCCUGCCUCCUGGCACCACCGCCUACAUGUAUUUUAUCUCGGCACAGGAGGGCAGCGGCGUUACCACUGACCUGGGGAUAGACGAGAACACAGGUAUCAUCAAAACAGCCCGUGUCCUGGACAGAGAAACCCGAGACCGAUACAGCUUCAUUGCGGUUACCCCAGAGGGCAUCACGGUAGAAGUGAACAUCCAAGUUAAUGACAUCAAUGACCAUGCUCCAGCCUUUCCCAAGCAGCACAGCACUUUCCAGAUCCCGGAGCAUACACCCAUAGGCAGCAGGUUCCCCUUGGACCCAGCCUUUGAUGCCGACAGUGGCCUGCUCAACACCCAAGGCUACGUGAUUAAGGGCGAGAAUGUGGGGCAGGCCUUCCGCCUGGAAACGCGCCGAGGACCCAAUGGGGUCCUGUAUUUGGACCUGGUGGUCAGCAGCGUCUUGGAUCGGGAGAACCGUUCGUCAUAUUCCCUGCUGCUGGAAGCCUAUGACGGUGGCUCUCCUCCCCGCAGCACCCAGAUGACACUGGAUGUGUCUAUCCAGGACAUUAAUGACAACGCCCCUGCCUUCAACCAGAGCCGCUACCAUACUCUCAUCUCGGAGAAUCUGAAGCCUGGCAGCAGCAUCCUGCAGGUCUUUGCCUCCGAUGCAGACGAAGGUGACAACGGGGAUGUGGUUUAUGAGAUCAACCGGCGGCAGAGCGAUCCCGACCAGUACUUCACCAUCGACUCCCGGACUGGAGUCAUCAAGCUCAACAAGGGCCUGGACUACGAAGUGAGGAAGGUGCACGAGCUGGUGGUGCAGGCACGGGACAAGGCCGUCCAUCCCGAGGUCACCACAGCCUUCGUCACCAUUCACGUGCGCGACUACAACGACAACCAGCCCACUAUGACCAUCAUCUUCCUGAGCGAAGACGGCUCCCCUCGGAUCUCUGAGGGGGCCCAGCCAGGCCAGUACGUGGCACGCAUCUCCGUUUCGGACCCGGACUACGGUGAGUACUCCAACGUCAACGUCACCCUGGAGGGAGGGGACGGCAAGUUUGCCCUCACUACCAAGGACAACAUCAUCUACCUGAUCUGCGUGGACCAGCUUCUGGAUCGGGAAGAAAGAGACUCCUAUGACUUGCGGGUGACAGCCACGGACUCAGGAACGCCGCCGCUCCGGGCAGAGUCGGCCUUCGUGCUGCAGGUGAUGGAUAUCAACGACAAUCCUCCGCUCUUCGACCAGCAGGAGUACAAGCAGAGCAUCCCCGAGGUGGUGUACCCCGGCAGCUUUGUCCUGCAGGUGACGGCUCGUGACAAGGACCAGGGUCCCAACGGGGAGGUGCGUUACAGUAUCGUGCACGGCCGCGACGCCCACUCCAGCUGGUUUGCCAUCGACCCAGCCACGGGUAUCAUCACCACCGCUGCCCCGCUGGAUUACGAGCAGGAUCCUCAGCCGCAGCUGACGGUGCUGGCCACGGACAGGGGAACCCCCGCGCUCUCUUCCUCGGCUGUGGUGCACGUGGUGCUGCAGGAUGUCAACGACAACGAGCCGGUGUUCAAGAGCAACUUCUACAACGUGUCCCUGAAGGAGAACACCCCCGUUGGGACCUGCUUCUUGCAGGUGACGGCCACGGAUGCAGACAGCGGCCCCUUCGGCUCCCUCUCCUACUCCAUCGGCGCUGGCAUUGGCAGCGUCGUCCCCACGCAGUUCAGCGUCGACGGGCGCACGGGGCAGCUGUGCACCGCGCAGCCUCUGGACCGCGACGAGGGCACGUCCGCCUACGACUUCACCGUCACUGCCGUCGACGGGGGUGGCCUGAACUCCAUGGUGUACGUGAAGGUUUUCCUGGAGGAUGUAAACGACAACCGGCCGGUGUUUUACCCGCUGGAGUACGCCGUCAGCAUCAGCACGCAGAGCAUGCCGGGCACCGCCGUGCUGCGCGUCACCGCCCACGACAAGGACGAGGGGCUGCACGGGAAAGUGACCUACCGCAUCGUGCUGGGGAACACCCCCCCGCUCUUCUCCCUCCACAAGGACACGGGUGUCAUCUCCCUCUCCUGGUCCCUGAGCGGCAAAGCCAACACGCUGGUGCAGCUGGUGAUCUCUGCGCGAGACGGCGGGGGCCUGCAGGCACAGCCCAACGCCCGGGUGAACAUCAGCGUCGUGGAGGGCACGGUCUCACCGCCCGUCUUUGAGCAGGCCCAGUACUUCUUCACGGUGCCCGAGGACGUGCAGCCAGGUGCCAGCGUGGGGGCUGUGCGGGCCCAGAACCCUCCAGGCCAUGCCGAUGACAUCUUUUAUUCCAUCUCCUCGGGGGACCCUCAUGGCUAUUUUUCCAUCGACUCCGGGUCGGGGCAGCUCCGCACCAGCCUGCCUCUUGAUCACGAGUCCCAGGCCGUCCUCGUCCUGGACGUCCAGGCCCGCAGCGGUUCCCCCCCCGCCUACAGCAACACGCGCGUGAAGAUCGCCGUGUCAGACGUGAAUGACAACGCGCCAGUGUUCCCGGCCCCCUCCGACUCCAUUCUGCUGCCGGAGGCCACCGAGCCUGGGAGCACGGUGUACACUCUGCACGCCGAGGACCGGGACGGCGGUGCCAACGGCCAGGUGCAUUUCGAGCUGGCUUCGGGAGGCGACGGCACCUUCGGCGUGGAGCGCUCGUCCGGGGCGGUGCGGCUGCUCGGGCCGCUGCAGUACGAGGCCAGCGCUGCCUACGAGCUGGCCGUCGUGGCCCGGGACGGUGGCGUUCCCCAGCUCAGCGCCACGUUCACGCUGCUGGUGCACGUGCAGGCUGAGCACGACGCCGGGCCCAUCUUCGACACGCUCACCUACCGCGUGGAGGUGCGGGAAGGCGCGCCCGUCGGCACGCGCUUCCUGCAGGUGCGGGCCCUGGCACGCGACGCGGACGCCGCCCCCCUCGCCUACCACCUGCGCGCCGACGGGGAUGCUGCCAGCUUCGGCAUCGUGCCCGAGAGCGGCUGGCUGUACGUCAAGAGCGCCCUGGACCGGGAGACGCGGGACCUGUACGUGCUCACGGUUCUCGCCUCGGCGGCAGGCAGCGGUGCCGGGGGCGAAGCCCGGAAAACGGGCACCAGCACCGUGCGGAUCAGCGUCACCGACGAGAAUGACAACAGCCCCCGGCUGAGCGAGGAGCGCUACUUCUUCACCGUCCCCGAGAACCAGGCUCCCGGCAGCAGCGUGGGGAGGGUGAUGGCGAGCGACCGGGAUGCCGGGCAGAACAGUCGGCUCUCCUACCGCCUGCUCCAGCACGACCCCCACUUCCUCGUCCACGCGCAGACGGGAGAGCUCAGCACCAAACUCAGCCUGGACCGGGAGCAGCAGUCCAGCUACCAGCUGCUGGUGAUCGUGCAGGAUGGGGGGGCACCGCCCCGCAGCGCCACGGGGACGAUCUACGUCACCGUGCUGGACGAGAACGAUAACGCCCCUGCGUUUCUGCACGUGGCCAGCGGCCAGGAGCUGCCUGUGCAGGUGCUGGAAGAGAAGCCGUCGGGACUGCUGGUCGCCUCCCUGCAGGCCAAGGACCCAGACGAGGGUGAGAAUGGGACCAUCAUCUACUCGCUGACAGGAGCCUGGGCCGAGCGUUUCACCUUGCACACGGCCACUGGAGAGCUGCGUACCGCCACGGUGCUGCGCCGACCGGAUCGCGCCGAGUACAUCUUCACGGUGACAGCCAGCGACCGGGGCACGGUGCCCCACAGCACCUCGGCCAUCGUCCGCAUUCAGGUGCUGCCGUCGUCCCGGGUGCUGCCGCGGCCCGACGCCACCGUCCUCACCCUGCAGCCCCUCGAGGGGGUCAAGCCGGGCUCUGUGAUCGGCUCCGUGGCCCCCCCGGACGCUGCCGCGCGGGGGCAGCUGACGUACACGGUGGUGGGAGGCGGCGGGGACGGCACCUUCGCGGUCGACAGCGUGACGGGGGAGAUCUACGCCGCCCGGGAGCUGGACUACGAGGCCGGGGCCCGGCACACGCUGCAGGUGAGCGCCGAGGACACGCGGCACGGCUACCCCUGCAGCCGGCUGGUGCUGGUGCAGAUCCACGUGCAAGACCGCAACGACCAGGCGCCCGCCUUCCCCGAGGACCCCGUCACCAUCGUGGUGCCCGAGAACACCCCGGCCGGCGCGUCCGUCUUCACCUUCCAGGCGCCGGACGGGGACGGCGCGGGUCCCAACAGCCAGGUGCGCUACGCCCUGCGGCGCCAGGAGCCGCCCGGGGCCCCCUUCCAGCUCGACGGCCGCUCGGGGCUGCUGACCCUCCGCCGCGGCCUCGACCGGGAGGCCGCCGCCGCCUUCCUCCUCGUGGUGGAGGCCACGGACCAGGCCCGCAACGUCAGCCAGCGCCGCUCGGCCGCCGUGACGGCCCGCGUGUUCGUGACCGACGAGAACGACAACGCGCCCGCCUUCCUCUCGCCCGCCGCCGUCGGCGUCAUGGAGGACCAGCCGACCGGCUUCGUGGCCCUGCACGUGGUGGCCCGCGAUGACGACCUGGGAGAGAACGGGCGCGUGAGCUACUCGCUGCGAGCGGGCAACGGCGACGGCCGCUUCCACCUCCAUCCCAGCACUGGGGCCCUCUCCGUCGUGCGGGCGCUGAACCGGGAGGAGGUGGGGCAGCACAACCUGACCGUGGUGGCCACGGACCACGGCUUCCCGCGCCGCUCGGCCACGCAGCUGCUCUCCGUGACGGUGCUGGAUGUCAACGACGAGGCUCCCGUUUUCGAGAGGCCCGAGUACGAGGCGCGCGUCAUGGAGAACCUGCCGGCUGGCAGCCCCGUGCUGCGGGUGCUGGCCGUGGACCAGGACCUGGGUGCCAACGGGCAGGUGUCCUACGGGGGUCUCGCUGGAGGGCCGUUCUCCAUCCACCCGCAGACGGGGCUUAUCGUCACCACGCAAGCGCUGGACCGUGAGGAGCAGGAGCAGCACGUGGUGACGGUCUAUGCCCGGGAUGGCGGCCUGCCUCCCAACCUCUCCAAGGCCACUGUGCGGAUCGUAGUGGGGGACGAGAACGACCAUGCACCACACCUGGAGAGCGCGUCCUGCUCCCUUGAGGUUCCCGAGAACCAGAGCUGCGUGGCCCUCUGCACCCUGAGAGCCAUGGACCCCGACGGAGGCGAGAACGGGCGCUUGGAGUACCGCGUGGCGGACGGAGACCCCGGUCAGGACUUCAGCCUAGACCCUGUCUCAGGCGUCCUCUCCACCGCACGUGCCCUCGACCGGGAGCAAGUUGCUUCGUACAUCCUCACGGUGGUGGUGCACGACCACGGCACCCCCCCGCGCAGUGCCACCAUGUCAGUGAGCGUGCGGGUGCUGGACCUAAACGACAACGCGCCCGGUUUCGCUCAGGCCGCCUACGCGGUGGAGGUGCCGGAGGACCUGCCCGUGGGCAGCCUGGUGCUGCAGCUGGCGGCUCAGGAUCCCGACGAGGGCACCAACGGGCAGGUCUCCUACUACCUGGGCAACGAGUCGCUGGGCAUGUUCCAGGUGGAGCCGCAGAGCGGGCGCAUCACGAGCGCCCACGCCCUGGACCGGGAACGCCGCCCCAGCUACAGCUUCCUGGCCAAGGCAGUGGACUCAGCGCCCUGGGAGCCCAAGAGCGCGGCCGUGCGCGUCACCGUCACGGUGCGGGACGUCAACGACCAUGCCCCUGCCUUCCUGCACAGCCCGCUCGCCGUCAACCUGUCCCGUCACACGCCGCUCAAGCAGGUCGUGGCCACCAUGAGGGCAGAGGACAGGGACGCAGGUGCCAACGCCUCCAUCCUCUACCGCCUGGCCACCCCCAACCCUGCCUUUGCCAUCAACUCCUACACGGGGGACAUCCAGCUGCUGCAGCCCCUGGGCUCGCUCAGCCAACGCCAGCGGACGCUCUUCGUCCUGGCCACGGACCUGGGGCAGCCGGCGCUCUCCUCCACGGGCGUGGUGGUGAUCCAUCUGCAAGAAGAGGCCUACCGAGGGCUGCGCUUUCCCCGGAGCACCAGCGAAGUGGCUCUGCCGGAGAACGCUGCCCCGGGCACGGCGGUGGUGAGCAUCCAAGCUGUGCACACAGGGGGCUCGUCUGGGCACAUCACCUACAGCAUCAUCAGUGGCAACGAGAAGAACGCUUUCCUCAUCCAGCCCAGCUCAGGUGCCAUCUCGGUUCAGGACUCCAGCAGCCUGGAUUUCGAGGCCAGUCCCCGGCUGCGCUUGGUGGUCCAGGCAGAGACAACAGCUUCCUUCAGCUUUAUGGCCAUCAACCUUAACCUGCAAGACGUGAACGACAACCUGCCGCGCUUCCAGCUGCAGAACUACGUGGCGUUCAUCUGGGAGUCACAGAGCUACGACUCCCCGGUCAUCCAGGUGCUGGCAGAUGAUCUGGAUCAGGGGGCGAACGGGCAGGUGACGUACGGCAUCAACCAGUCCCUGCCGAUGGCAGGUCUGUAUCACAUCGAUCCUCAGAGCGGCACUAUCACUACGGCGGCCAUCCUGGACAGGGAGAUCUGGUCCCAGACCCGUUUGGUGGUAACGGCGAUGGACAGAGGAAUGCCGCCUCUUGUGGGCUCUGCCACACUGACCGUGGUGGUGAUGGACAUCAACGACAACAGCCCCACCAUCCCCCUGCCCUGGGAGGUGCGGGUCCCGGAGAACACGCUACUCGGCACCCAGAUAGCCCAGCUGACAGGCAACGACGUGGACUCGGGGCCUGCGCUCUCCUAUACGCUCGUGCUGGAUGGCGACGCCGUGGGCAUGUUCAGCGUGCUGCGGUACGGGGGCCAGAUCGCCCUGACGGGACCGCUGGACUACGAACAGCGCAGCCGCUACACCCUGACCCUGCGCACCUCUGACACCCGCCACGAGACCGAGGCCAACCUGACCGUCGUCGUGGAGGAUGUGAAUGACAACGCACCAGCUUUCAGCCAGGGCUUCUACCAGGUGACCCUGCCGGAGCACACGCCUGCCGGCAGCUCCAUUCUCACCGUCAGCGCCACGGACCCGGACUCGGGCAGCAACGGGGACGUCACCUACCGCUUGGCCGUGCCCAGCCCUGACGUCGCCAUCGACCCCAGCAACGGGACCCUGUUCACCGUCCGGCGGGUGGAGUUCGAGGCCAGCCGGCCCACCUUGGACCUGGUGGUGGAGGCCCGAGACCGCGGCUCGCCCAGCCUCUCGGCCUGGGCCACGGUGCAGCUGCAGGUGCUGGACGUGAACGACCACAGCCCCAGCUUCGAGGCGCCGCGCUACAACGCCAGCGUCCCCGAGGACCUGCGCCCGGGGACCACCGUGCUGACGCUGGAGGCGGGCGACGCCGACCUCUCCCGGGAGAACGCGGGCUUCGACUACACCAUCGUCAGCGGCAACGGCGGCAACGCCUUCCAGGUGGAGAGCCGGGUGGCCUGGGUGGGGGGGCAGCUCCGCACGCAGGGGGCCCUGGUGCUCGUGGAGCCCCUGGACUUCGAGGCCGUCCCGCUCUACAACCUCACCGUGGCGGCCUCCGACCGGGGCCUGCCGCAGCGCAGCGCCACGGUGCCGGUGCUCAUCGCCGUGCGGGACGUCAACGACAACCCGCCCGUGUUCGCCCGCGCCGAGUACCGCGCGGCGGUGAGCGAGAGCGCGCCGCCCGGCACGGAGCUGCUGCGCGUGGCGGCCCAGGACGCCGACUCGGGCCCCCGCGGCCGCGUGCGCUACACCAUCAGCUCGGGCGACCCGCACGGCGUCUUCCACCUGCACGAGAGCACGGGGGCCCUGUGCCUGGCGCGGCCCCUGGACCGAGAGGCGCAGGCGCUGCACGCCCUCGUGGUGCAGGCCGCGGACGUGCCGGGCGGGCACUUCGCGCUGGUGCCCGUCGCCAUCGAGGUGAAGGACGUCAACGACAACAAGCCCUACUUCCCCGUGGAGCUGCUGAGUGCCAGCUUGCGGGAGAACCUGCCGCCCGGCACGCUGGUCACCACGCUGCGUGCCGUGGACGCGGACACCGGCGUCUUUGGGGAGCUGCGGUACGCGGUGCUGGAGCAGCCGGCGGGGGACCCCGGCGUGGCGGAGGGCCGCGACGCGUUCGCCGUCAACAGCAGCUCCGGGGAGCUGCGCUCACGCCUCACCUUCGACUACGAGCGGGCCAAGGCCUUCCAGCUGCUGGUCAGGGCCACCGACGCCGGCAACGCCUCCGCCACCGUGACCGUGCGGGUCCUGGUGACGGGGGAGGACGAGUACGACCCCAUCUUCCUCAGCCCCUCCUUCAGCUUCGAGGUCCCCGAGGGGGCCCGCAAGGGACAGAGCAUCGGGCGGGUGCUGGCCACAGACGAGGACGAGGGGGCCGACGGCGUCGUGCUGUACUCCCUCGCCAAGCCCUCGCCUUACUUCGCCGUCAACCAGACCACGGGCACCGUCUACCUGCGCGUGGACAGCCAGCCCCAGGCCGGGGCCGGGCGCGCCAAGAGGGAGCCGCGGGAGAUGAGCCUGGAGGUGCAGGCGCGCAGCCCCCUGCCCGCCUCCCGCUCGGCCUCCGCGCGCGUCACCGUCGACGUCACGCACACCUCCUUCGGCCUGGCCCCGGACCUCAACCUGCUGCUGGUGGUGGCCGUGGCGGCCUCGCUGGGCGUCGUGGUGGUGCUGGCGGCCGUGGCCAUCGUGCUGGCGCUGGUCCGCUCCCGCCACCGCCGCGGCCGCGAGAAGGCGGAGGCGGAGGGGCCGCUGGGCCGCGCGCGGAGCGGCUCCCUGCAGAAGCUGGGCCGCGAGGAGCCGGCGCUGCCCGGGGCCGAGCACAUCUACCACCAGGCCCUGCCGGGCUACGGCGGCGAGCCGGCGGGGCCCUACACGCGCGGCGGCUCCCUGGACCCCUCGCACUCCAGCGGCCGGGGCUCCGCCGAGGCCGCCGAGGACGACGAGAUCCGGAUGAUCAACGAGUACCCGCGCGUGGCCAGCAUCACGGCCUCCAUGCAGGAGCACAUCUCCGCCCGCGGCCCCGACUCCGGCAUCCAGCAAGACGCCGACCAGCUCUCCGACGUCUCCUGCGAGCCGGCCGCGCUGGAGAGCGCCCAGUGGUUCAAGAGCAAGAAGGGCUCGGGGCUGCUGCUGCCGGGGCAGCCGCCGCAGCUGUACCGCGAGGACGGCGGGGGCAGCGCCUUCCUGGGCGUGCGCUGCGGCCUCGGCGUCGCCUCCCAGCCCCAGGACUACGCCUUCCCCGAGGACGGCAAGCCCUGCGUGGAGGGCUCGCUCACCGCCAUCGUGGCCGGCGACGAGGAGCUCCGCGGCAGCUACAACUGGGAUUACCUGCUGAACUGGUGCCCCCAGUUCCAGCCGCUGGCCAGCGUCUUCACGGAGAUCGCCCGCCUCAAGGAUGAGAGCUCCCUGCGCAAGCCCUUCCCGGCCAAGCCCAAGGCGGAGCCCAAGCCCCGCAUUGACCCCCCGCCCCUCAUCACCUCGGUGGCCCACCCGGGUGCCAAGUCCGUGCCUCCCAAGCCGCCGGCGGGCAGGACCUUCCCGCACCCGUCCUCCCUGCGACGCUCGCCCAUCAGCCACGAGGGCUCCCUCUCGUCCUCCGCCAUGUCGCCCAGCUUCUCCCCCUCGCUGUCCCCGCUGGCCGCCCGCUCCCCCGUGGUCUCGCCCUUCGGCAUCUCGCAGGGGCCCUCCACCUCCGCCAUCAGUGCCGAGCACUCGCUGGAGCCCCCCGAGGAGGCUGAGCUCAGGAUUUAGCCUGGGCCCCGCGGACUCCCCCGCCCCGGGGCCGCGGGGCUGGGAGCAGGGCAGGGCCCGGGCUGCUCCGCAGGGAUGCUGGUCCCACGGAUGCUGCUCUGCAGGGAUGCUGCUCCGCAGGGAUGCUGCUCCGCAGGGAUGCUGGUCCCGCUGUCCCAGCACCCUGCCCGGCCCGCAGGGUCCCCGGUUCCUGUGUCCUCCGGGGCUGCUGGUUCCCAUCGCUCCCCGUGGGCUGGCGGAUCUGGUGCUGGUUCUGGUGCCCUGUGGACUGCUGAUCCUCGCGCCAGCACCCCGAGGCCGCGGUUCCUUGUACUGCUCACGGUGCCCCGAUCGGCAACGGGGCGACUUCGCGUCACGGUACUCUGCUCGGAGAGGCCGGGAGCGGCGGGAUGUGCCGGCCCUGCCGACCCUGCUCCUCCCCGGCUCCCGCCCCGGCGUGCGGCAGGAGGCUGGGCCCUCCCUGCUGCCCGGGACCCGUCCCCGUCCCCGUCCCCGCGGGGGCCUGCGGGCUGGGGAGCGAUGCCCGGGCAGGGAUGUGCUGCCUGGAGGGCACCGCCGCGGCAGCCUGCCCCGCUGCUGUGGGGCCCUGGAUGGCUGAUCCCACCUCCUGACACGGGGCAGAGGAGGGGUGUCCGCUGGCUGCUUGCCUCGCCUUGGCUGGGAGAGCAGGGAGGGAUCCGCUGGGAUCCUCCGAGCCCUUCCACCUCCCAGCACUGUGUGUGCCCCCCCCCCCAUAAGGGAUCUCCCUCCCGGGGCGGCCCGCUCUUCAGGGCCGGGGUUGGGAGGUGGGGGCCGGCCCUGCGCAGGAGCCCCUUUCCCGUUCCCGUUCCCGUUCCCGUCGGCUGGGCGCCCGUCCCAGCCGCGGGCUGGCUGGGGGCACUGGCGUGACGCUGCCCGGGAUGCCAGCUGGCUGGGGACGGUGGGCGAUGCUGCCCGGGCACAUGGGCGGGCUGGGGGUGUCCGGGCGAUCCCACCCAGGCGGGCGGGGGGCAUUGGGGCGAUGCCACCUGGACAGGCUGGGGACAUCCGGGUGCUGCUGCUGCACGUUGCUCCGUCACGUCAUGAGCGCGGGAUGGAGCUGCGCUUCCCCUGGGCCGGUCCCCGUCCCCGCGGCAGCACCGCCUGCGCAGGAGCCUCGCGGCCGCUGGCCCCGCAGCCGGCAGCAGUGUGCGGCAGCGCCGGGCUCCUGCGCGGCCCCGGGCUGGGGGCUGCCGGGUUUGGGCAUUGCCUUCCUCUCGCACCCCUUUCCCCCAGCUUCACCGAAGCCUCUCAGCACCAAGGCUGCAGCCCAGCCCCACGUUUCAUCACGGCAGCCAAAACCCACCACUUUUGCCCACUCCCCUCUGUUGUUCCCAGCUCGGAGCCAUCUCGGCUCCAUCUCUGUCGGCAUCUCAGCCCCGAACCGCUGCACGUGCACGGCACAGCCACAGCCCAGCCUGGGCCAUGGGCGUCCCCCUGCCAUGGGCAUCCCCGUGCCGUGGCUGUCCCCUCACCGUGACUGUCCCCUUGCCACGGCGGCCCCCGUGCUGCUGGCGUCCCCUCACCACGACCAUCCCCUCACCACAACUGUCCUUGUGCCACCAGUGUCCCCUCACUGUGGCUGUCCCCGGGCCGUGGGGACCAUGGCUGGUCCUGCGGUGCCGGCGGCCGUGGGAGCCGCCGGGUGCAGGGCAGCGCUGCGGGACAGGGUCUGGGGGAGCGACGGUGGCACCGGGGGUCUGCAGGGCCCCCCUGCACGGCGUGGGGCCGCGGCCAGCCCGCGCCUGCGCAGAGGAGAGGGGGCCCGGGCGGCCGAGCCAGCCCCGGGGACGGCGGCGCAGCACCGCUCCGGCCCAGCCCUGCGUGGACCCACAGCCGCGCGACUCUGUCCCCGUGCAGUGGGGGACCGUCCCCACGAGCGCCGUCGCAGGGUCGGACACGCGGCGGCCCCGCGCUGGGGCAGGGGCUGCGGCCCGGCCGGGAGCCAAGCCUCCAGUUAUUUAUUUUUACACGUUGUACUACGAUUCCCGUUUUCUACUUUGUACCUUUUGUAUCGUGUCUCGCUGAGCUGCAUGUAUUGGGCGCUGCUCGCCGGCUGCGCGCCGGGCUGCUCCAGCACGGCCUGGACCCAAGUGCCAACCUCUCAAAGAAAUGCCUUAAUAAACCACACUUGUUUGUACAGA